GGGAAGGCGGAGCAGGGCUCGCUCCAUUGUGGAAAGGAGGGGAGAGGCGCGCGGAAUCCGCGCCGAGGCCCUGCCGCCAGCGCGCUCGCCUCCUGGCCGCCGCGGCUGCACCUGGCGGGUCCCCGCAGCCGGGAUGCGGCGGGCGCUCUGGACUGGCGGGCAGCGCAGCGGCUCCCGGGACAUGUGCCCUGGCCCAGACCGCCCGCGACCAUGAGCCUGACCGCCCGCGUUUCCUGCUCCAUGCUCAGCUGCUUCGGUGAGGAGGGGCCCCCGAGCCUGGAGUACAUCCAAGCCAAGGAUCUAUUUCCCCCCAAGGAACUAGUGAAAGAGGAGGAAAAUCUGCAGGUACCCUUCACAGUGCUACAGGGUGAGGGAGUGGAGUUCCUGGGCCGGGCGGCUGAUGCCCUGAUUGCCAUCUCCAACUACCGGCUGCAUAUCAAGUUCAAGGACUCGGUCAUCAACGUGCCCCUCCGGAUGAUUGACAGUGUGGAGAGCCGUGACAUGUUCCAGUUGCACAUUGCCUGCAAGGACUCCAAAGUGGUGAGGUGCCACUUCUCUACUUUCAAGCAGUGCCAAGAGUGGCUUUCACGGUUAAGCCGGGCCACAGCAAGACCCGCCAAGCCCGAGGACCUCUUUGCCUUUGCCUACCAUGCCUGGUGCCUGGGGCUGACAGAGGAGGACCAGCAUACACACCUGUGUCAGCCAGGAGAACACAUACGAUGUCGGCAGGAGGCAGAGCUUUCGAGGAUGGGCUUUGACUUGCAGAAUGUCUGGAGAGUGUCCCAUAUCAACAGCAACUACAAAUUGUGCCCCAGUUACCCCCAGAAGCUGCUGGUUCCUGUGUGGAUCACAGAUAAAGAGCUGGAGAACGUGGCCUCCUUCCGUUCCUGGAAACGGAUCCCUGUGGUUGUAUAUAGACACCUGCGCAACGGGGCUGCUAUUGCCCGCUGCAGCCAGCCUGAGAUCAGCUGGUGGGGAUGGCGCAAUGCUGAUGAUGAGUACCUGGUCACAUCCAUCGCUAAAGCUUGUGCCCUGAACCCAGGGACAAAGACCACUGGGGGCUCCCUCAGCACUGGGAAUAGUGAUGCCAGUGAGGCAUGUGACACUGACUUCGAUUCCUCCCUGACAACGUGUUCUGGAGUGGAGAGCACAGCAGCACCUCAGAAGCUGCUGAUUCUGGACGCUCGAUCCUACACAGCGGCAGUGGCUAACCGGGCCAAGGGUGGCGGUUGUGAAUGUGAAGAGUACUACCCCAACUGCGAGGUCGUGUUCAUGGGAAUGGCUAAUAUCCACGCUAUCCGGAACAGCUUCCAGUAUCUCCGGGCUGUGUGUAGUCAGAUGCCAGAUCCCAGCAACUGGUUGUCGGCACUGGAGAGCACCAAAUGGCUGCAGCACUUGUCGGUGAUGCUAAAGGCAGCUGUGCUUGUGGCUAAUACAGUGGACCGGGAAGGCCGGCCUGUGUUGGUUCACUGCUCAGAUGGCUGGGACCGGACACCACAGAUCGUAGCCCUCGCCAAAAUACUGCUGGAUCCGUAUUACAGGACGUUGGAGGGCUUCCAAGUGUUAGUGGAGUCUGACUGGCUGGAUUUUGGACACAAGUUUGGAGAUCGCUGUGGCCACCAGGAGAAUGCAGAGGACCAAAACGAGCAGUGCCCAGUGUUCCUCCAAUGGCUUGAUUCUGUUCAUCAGUUGCUCAAGCAGUUCCCUUGCCUAUUUGAGUUUAACGAAGCAUUCCUGGUCAAACUGGUGCAGCACACAUACUCCUGCCUCUACGGCACAUUCCUGGCCAACAACCCCUGUGAGCGAGAAAAGCGUAAUAUCUACAAACGGACUUGCUCUGUGUGGGCACUUCUGCGAGCUGGCAAUAAGAACUUUCAUAACUUCCUCUACACCCCUGGCUCAGACAUGGUUCUGCAUCCUGUGUGUCAUGUCCGGGCCCUGCACCUCUGGACGGCUGUUUAUUUGCCAGCAUCAUCUCCUUGCACACUUGGGGAGGAGAACAUGGAUCUUUACCUUUCUCCAGCGGCUCAGAGCCAGGAGUUCUCUGGCCGCUCUUUAGACAGAUUACCUAAAACUAGGUCUAUGGAUGAUCUUCUUUCUGCCUGUGACACAAGCAGUCCCCUGACUCGAACAUCCAGUGACCCUAAUCUGAAUAACCACUGUCAGGAGGUCAGAGUAGGUCUGGAGCCUUGGCACAGCAAUCCCGAGGGAUCAGAGACAGCCUUUGUGGAAUCUGGAAUUGGAGGUCCUCAACAGACUGUGGGAGAAAUGGGUCUUCCUUCUCAUCUUCCCAACAGCCAGAAAGACUAUUUAAGCAAUAAACCUUUCAAGAGUCAUAAAAGCUGUCCUUCAGGUUACAAACUGCUUAAUGCUACAAUGCCCCAGGACAUGAAGAGCAACACCUUGGAUCCUGAGAUCAAAGUUCUGGCAGAGACUCAGGCAUCAGCUCCAGACCCUCUUGCCCAGGAUGAACUGGGUAGAACUUUAGAUGGCACAGGAGAGCCACCUGAACAUUACCCUGAAAAAGAUGCCGUCAGUGCACUCUCUAAAAUUGUUUCUAACAAGUGUGAUGGAAUUUGUGAUUUUCCUGAGUCUUCCCAGGAUGCCAUUACAGGCACCCCCCAGCAGGCCCAGCUAGAAUCUGUGCUGGGUAGACCCUACAGAUGUGUUCCAGAUCACAAUCUGGGCACCCUUUGCAAGCCACCGAAUGCUACCUGCCAAACUCCUGCACAUCUAAGCACUGACAUGCUCAGGCAAGAACCACCAGGGUCUGUGGCAAGUAUCUCCCACCAGGAACAGCUCAGUUCUGUGCCAGAUCUGAUUCGUGGGGAAGAAGACACUGGUAAAAGAGUGACUAAUAGGAAUGGUCAGGUAUUGGAAAACCUUCGCUUUGGGAAAGUACCAUUGGAAUUGGUCCGUAAACCAAUUUCUCAAAGCCAGAUCAGCGAAUUUUCUUUUUUAGGGUCCAACUGGGACAGCUUCCAAGGGAUGGUGACUUCAUUCCCGAGUGGGGAGACCACCCCUCGGCGAUUACUUUCCUAUGGCUGUUGUAGCAAGAGGUCAAGCAGUAAGCAGAUGAGGGCACCAGGGCCCUGCUUUGGGGGUCAGUGGGCUCAGAGAGAAGGUGUGAAGUCUCCUGUUUGUUCUAGUCAUUCCAAUGGACACUGUACUGGUCCAGGAGGAAAAAGCAACAGGAUGUGGUUAUCUGGUCACCCAAAGCAGGUUUCCAGCAUAAAGCCUAUUCCACUGAGCUGCCCUUCUCCAGUGCCUCCCCUCUACCUAGAUGAUGAUGGACUCCCCUUUCCCACGGAUGUUAUCCAGCAUAGAUUACGGCAAAUUGAAGCUGGGUACAAGCAAGAGGUAGAGCAGCUACGUCGACAGGUGCGUGAGCUUCAGAUGAGACUGGAUAUCCGUCACUGCUGUGCCCCUCCAGCAGAACCCCCUAUGGACUAUGAGGAUGAUUUUACGUGUUUGAAGGAGUCAGAUGGCAGUGAUACAGAAGAUUUUGGCUCUGAUCACAGUGAAGACUGCCUUUCAGAAGCAAGCUGGGAACCCGUUGAUAAGAAAGAAACUGAGGUGACUCGCUGGGUUCCAGACCAUAUGGCAUCACAUUGCUAUAACUGUGACUGUGAAUUUUGGUUGGCCAAACGAAGACACCAUUGCAGAAAUUGUGGGAAUGUAUUUUGUGCUGGCUGCUGCCACUUGAAGUUGCCCAUUCCUGAUCAACAGCUCUACGACCCAGUUCUCGUCUGUAACUCAUGUUAUGAGCACAUCCAAGUAUCUCGUGCCAGGGAACUCAUGAGCCAACACCUGAAGAAACCGAUCGCUACAGCUUCCAGUUGAAUGCCAGAGGAGAUGACCUGUCCAAUUUUAGCAGGUUUGAAGGGAGAAUCUGCUUCCGGUGUAGUUUUGAAGGUUCCUUGGUAUGGCUCAUGAAAUCACAGAGCUCAAAGAUAACCAUCUUGAGACAUCCUCCUUGGUACCAUGAGACUGGAGCAGUGGAAUUCCAUUUUGGCAGGAGGUCCUGUUCCCUUGGGGUAACAGUCCUGAUCCAGACCCAGUCUGGAAGCUUAAUGUUGAGUUGGUGACUCCAGCUUCUUUCUCCUGGAAGUCAUAAGAUGAUAAUUUCUUAGAUACUGCCUGAUGAUAUGUGCCCCAAACAGCAAUAGAAAGGCAUAUGUAUAACCAAACUCCAAGUGAUAACCAGACCCAUCUCUCCUCCACCUUGAAAAAAAGCAGAUUAUAGUAUAUAAGAUAGGAAUUCCUAUCCUAUUUGAAAUGAAUUAUACCCUGUACCUCUGUGCUCUGUGUCUGUGCAUGAAGGCUCAGUCUUUAGAGGCACACCCUCUAGUUACAUUAGUUCUGUCUUUCUGUGGAGUUUGGUUUAAAGACUGGUUCAGCAAGUGGGGGGUUUGCUGUAUUUUCACUUGGCUCAUCGGCCAUUAUCAGUGAACAUUCAGUUAAGGGGGACAAUUCUAGGGAGUGAGACAUUGCUGGGAGUAGAGGAAACUCUGCUGAUGUUCAGUCUUGGCAAAAAGCAGUUAUUUCGAGCUGUGAAGGCAGUAGUCUGUUAACUCAGCGGCAGCUCUUGAGGUAUGCACUAUGAAGAAUGAGAAGGGAAAAGCAGAAAUUAUCCUUGUGAAAUAUUUGCUGAUUGUGCCCUACCCUUGCGCCUGACUUUUCCUAGUUGUCCUGGUGCUAACACAGGAGCUCCACCUUGAUCCUCUCCUGGCAUGAAAAUAAAACAAUGUUGGUUUUUUUGUUUGUUGGAUUUUUGUUUUUGUUGUUGUUCCAUUGCCCACUUCCCUCAUGUUGUCUUCCCCUUGGCUGCUGCUUCCUCUGGGUCACACUGCUUCUUAUCCUGAACACUUGACACCUUGAGGGUAGAAUUUAGUGUUUGGUUUUUACCUCCUAGAAUAUGCUGUUUGGUAUGUGAGGGUUUCAGUACAAAUGCUGCUGUCUAUUUCUGUGCACUUAACAAUGGAACCCAAACAGAAGAGAAUAAGCCUUGAUACCAAAAUUGGGAGAGAAAAUGUGUCCAUUUGGACCAAACAUUGUUUUUUUUUGUUUUGUUUUGUUUUGAUUUUCAUCUUACUAUGUACCAGUGGCACUUAACCAAAAGAUACAGUGAUAUAGCCAUGUGUGGUGGUUGGGACAGAUACAGUCUCCUUGGAUCUGUAAUGAAAACACUAGGAUUCCUUUAUACAUUUUCCUUAAUUUGUUGGUGUAUAAAAAGGUAAAUUACAUUUAGGCUUAUCCUGUUUUAAAAUGAUGGUAGCUGUCUGCUACUUUCAUGUUGCUUCCUAGAAAAAAAUUCAUUCGAAAACAAGUAGGAUCUAUCUGCAUUUAGAACAAGAAUUGUCAUUUGUCCUGACCUUCCUUCAGUCCUACAGAGAAGCAUCUGUGCUUUUAUACUUGCCAUGGAUGUAACCUAAAAAGUUUUGGCGUAUUUAGGUCAGCCUAGCGGAACUUUUUUCCAUUUAAAUGGAGUUGAAUAAUGGAGAUUUUGUGUCUAGGAAAUUCCUGAGAUCAUUGAAAAGUAACAAAUUAUUCCUUGUCUCUGAUAUAAAACUCUUGUAAGCAUUUUCUUAAUCAUUACAAUUUACUGCCAGUUGUGAGUGGCUUUUUAAUUAACUUUCAUUGCACUCACUCUGCCCAAUUUUGGGGGAGUUAAGACUGGUAACUUUUGAGGAGACUGUAUCUGUCUACUUUGGCUGUUUCGAGGGACUAUCCUAUCGGUGAACAUACUGCAUGGCCUUGGAGAGAGACUGAGCGCUCAGCUCAGAUGUAUUCAUUAAAUACUCCUUGCAGAGCUCUGUGGGUGUAAGUGACAUGAUGUGGCCAAAAAUCCAAACUGUGCAGUUGCGUUGUGACAAACAUGCAAUGUGCUGUAAAAAGUCAAUACAAUUUAAAUAAAAUCUCUAUAUUAGUGCUG